GCGUUUUUUUUAUUCCGCCGUCGAUGCUUCCGUCUUCCCCUUCCGUCCGCUGCGGCGCUGCAUCCCUCUUCCCUCCUCCGCCUCCUCUCUCUCUCUCUAGCUCUAGCUCUAGCUCUCUCUCUCUCGCGCGCGCUCCCAGACGACUGUUGGCUCGCCGCCGCCCCAGGCCAGGUGCUGAGGCCUUUCUUGGCCUCUUCGCCGGCGACGAGCACCCACCAGGCACCCCUUCUCUUCCCUUCCCUGUACGAAGGUGACACCAUGAUAUUGAUGUGAAGUUUUGUGGCACUUCCUGCAUCCCUUAUAUGGUAUUAACAAGGUUUUUAAUUGUCUGGGUGAUCCAUUUAUCAAAUGGAAGGCAACGACCUACCCCCUGGAAACAUGUUGCAAGGGGUUCCCUAUGAUACUUUAGACUUACGUGGCAGCUCUAUGCAAAAGCAUACUCCAAACUCAGGAAAACAGAUCUUCAGUAGCUCCCAGAUGCCGGGGACUUUCACAAUGUCUAUGAUCAGGGCUACAGAGCCUGAUGACUUUCCUGGCUUUCAGUUCAAAGAACAUGGAAAGAGUGAUGACCACCACCACCAACACCAUAGUCAUCACUCAAAGAACUGCAAAAGUGAUGGCGAGGAACAUGAUGUGGCUGAAGAUGCUAUUGAUACCCCAAGUGGCAAAGGCAAGAAGGGCUCUGCAUGGCAUCGGAUGAAGUGGACAGAUUCAAUGGUAAAACUUUUGAUUACAGCAGUGUCUUACACUGGGGAUGAUCAUGGUGCUGAUUCCGGUGGUGGCAGGAAGAACUUUACAAUAAUGCAGAAGAAGGGCAAAUGGAAGGCGAUAUCGAAGGUUAUGGGAGAGAGAGGCUGCCAUGUGUCACCGCAACAGUGCGAGGACAAGUUCAAUGACCUUAACAAGAGAUACAAAAGGCUGACAGACAUCCUUGGUAGGGGCACUGCUUGCAAUGUUGUGGCUAAUCCAGCACUUCUUGAUAGCAUGAAUCAUCUUUCUGAUAAGAUGAAAGACGAUGCAAAAAAGAUACUUAGUUCAAAGCACCUAUUCUAUGAGGAGAUGUGUUCCUACCACAACAACAACCGUGUAAAUUUGCCUGAAGAUCAUGCACUUCAGCAUUCACUACUGCUUGCCCUUAGGUGUAAAGAGGAGCAUGAUCCUCCGAGGGAUCCAAGUGGAGAUGCUGAUGAAGACGAUCAAAGUGCAGAUUCUGAUUAUGAGGAGAACGACGAAGAGCAACAUCCUGUGCAUACAACUAUGAUGGAAGCCUCAACGCACAAAAGGAAGCGUCACAGUGAUGUGCCUUUGAUCACAUCAAGCUCUCAUGAAGGAAGUGAGAGGUCUGAUCCCCAUGGUGUCACAGUGGACAUCAACAAGACUUUCACAGAUGCAACCAACAUGAUUUUGUUGCAACAAGACUUGGCUUCACAAGCCAUAGAGAUUCAGAAACGUCGCUUGCAGAUUGAAGCGAAGGAACUGGAACUCGCAAAGCAACGUCUCAAGUGGGAGCGGUUUAGUAAGAAGAAGGACAGGGAGAUCGAAAAAAUGGCAUUGGAGAAUGAACAUAUGAUGAUUGAGAACAAACGCUUGGAACUUGAGCUGAGACAUAAGGAGUUACAGCUAGAUCUUAAGCUGAAAGGCUAGGGGAACCAUCUGUAACUUUUGCUUAAUCAACACUCAAUAUGUAAGAUGGUAAACAAGUAGCGGUUGAGCUUCUGGAAUCUGGAAGAGAGGUGGUAGAUUAGAGUAGACUCUGACAACCAUUGCUGUGCGUAUGACUUUGUUCUGUGUUCUUCUGUCUGUGAGAUGUACUUGUUGGGCCUCCUGCUCUCCGCGACAGUAGUAUUGUUGGGCUUGAUGUGAUCUGUAAGACUGUGACUUCCAACUUGCCUAGCCAAUUUUUUUUUUCUUCAGCAUGUAUAUCAAGGUGAUGUUAUUUGGCUUUGGCCACCUCUGAAGCUUUCAUGAAGGUAGUGAGACUAUUGGGCCUAUUUAGUUUGGGUUAAACCAUUACUGCUA